AUGAUCCAAUUUCCAAAUCAAACCAGAUCUUUAAUCAAAUCACGAUGAAUCAAGCAUUUAAGAUUUAACACAUUUUAUUAAUUUAUUAUUUUUGUAUUUUAAAUUUGUUACCUAUUACUUUUAAAUAAUUUUUAUGAUUUAUUUAUAAACUAUAUUAUAAACAAAUACGAAAUAAUAAUAUAGCCUAUAGAUUAUAGACUUUUACAAAUUAAAAAUUAAAAUUACCUACUUCACACAAUCUCACUUUGCAUUAAGCUAUUGAAGAAUUUGAAGUAACUUAGGAAAUUUGAAUAUAAGAUAAGAAAGUAUAAGAUAUAAAAUGUCUGGAAAUGAACCGCUUACCAAAAAAUUUAAGAAAACAAUUUCCGAAGUUGGCACUUCCAAAACCAGUAACUUUUUAAACGAUGUAGCAGCAGAGCGUAAUAAAACAGCUUCUUCUAUAAUGGAAUUUAAAUUCAAUAAGAAACGCGUACGUGUGUUAUCUGAACAAAAAGAAGUCCCCGAAUGGGCUGAAGGAGUUAUUUAUUGGACUUUCAGAGAUGAACGUAUUCAUGAUAACUGGGCAUUACUUUAUGCACAAAAAUUAGCAAUUAAAAACAAAGUUUCAUUACAUAUCACAUUCUGUAGACUGAAACAAUUUUUGGACUGCAGCUUACGGCAUUAUAAACAUAUAUUUCAAGGCUUGGAAGAACUAGAAACUGAGUGUAAAUCACUAGAUAUCCAAUUCCAUUUCUUAAUUGGUUGUGCAGCAGACAUACUUCCAGAUUUUGUAAAGAAGCAUAAACUGGGUGCAAUAAUUGUAGAUUUUAUGCCUGUGCGAGAACAUAUAUCAUGGACUAAACAAUUAGCUGAUCGUAUUGGAUCUGAAGUGCCAGUUAUACAGGUAGAUGCCCAUAAUAUUGUACCUUGUUGGGUGGCUUCUGACAAACAAGAAUAUUCCGCAAGAACAAUACGAAACAAAAUCAAUAAUAAAUUACCAGAGUUUUUAACAGAAUUCCCACCAGUGAUCAAACAUCCAUUUCGCAGUACAUUUAAAGCUAAGCCAACGAAUUGGGAUGAAGCGGACAAAACCUUAGAAGUGGACCGUAGCGUUGUAUCUGUACCAGGUCUGAAGGCUGGUUUCAAAGCUGGUAUGAGCGAAUUAGAACAGUUUCUGAAAAAAAGAUUGCCAAAAUAUUCUACGGAUCGAAAUAAUCCAGUAAAAGACGGUCUUAGCAAACUGUCCCCUUGGUUGCAUUUUGGUCAGAUAUCAGCUCAAAGAUGUAUUUUAGAAGUUAGUAAACUAUCAAAACAGUACCCUGAUAGUGUGGCAGCUUAUAGGGAAGAAGCAAUUGUUCGACGAGAACUCUCUGACAACUUUUGUUUCUACAACCCAAAAUAUGAUAAGAUUGAAGGUGCACCUAACUGGGCUCAAACCUCCUUAAAUGAACACAGAAAAGAUAAACGAAUGUUUGUAUACACCAGAGAAGAGUUGGAAAGUUCACGCACUCAUGACGAUCUGUGGAAUUCUGCACAAAUACAGUUGGUAAAGGAAGGCAAGAUGCACGGUUUCCUACGCAUGUACUGGGCAAAAAAGAUACUAGAAUGGACUGAUACUCCAGAUAGAGCACUAGCAGAUGCAAUUUAUCUUAAUGACAAAUAUAGCAUGGAUGGUCGUGACCCGAGUGGUUUUGUUGGAUGUAUGUGGUCAAUAUGUGGUAUUCAUGAUCAGGGAUGGAAAGAAAGAGAAAUUUUUGGAAAAAUUAGGUAUAUGAACUAUGCAGGAUGUAAGAGAAAGUUUGACAUAAAUGCUUUUAUAGCUAGGUACGGUGGCAUGGUUCACAAGUAUACUAAAAAAUAAAUGUUAAAAUGUAUUCACGUAUAACAAGUUAAUAAUUUUCUUUUUGCAUCAGUUUUAUUUUGAAUAUAUAUGUCUUAAUUUAAAUUUUAACAUCACAGUAUUAUUUUUACAUGUUUUAAUGUGCAAUUUAUUAUUAAAUUAUUAUGAAUACUUUACUUAAUAAAUUAUAAUAAUUAAAUUUUAUACAAAAAUGC